CAGAUGUGUUUUAGUUCCCUGGGUGUUUAGAUUCAGACGUGUUUUAGUUCCCUGGGUGUUCGGAUCAGACGUGUUUUAGUUCCCUGGGUGUUUAGAUUCAGACGUGUUUUAGUUCCCUGGGUGUUUAGAUUCAGACGUGUUUUAGUUCCCUGGGUGUUUAGAUUCAGAUGUGUUUUAGUUCCCUGGGUGUUUAGAUUCAGAUGUGUUUUAGUUCCCUAAGAUUUCGACCUUCAGUUUUACAUACAAAGUGAGGACGACGGCUUCUGGGGUGAAACUUUAACGCUGUGCUGCUAAAAUGAUUUUAUGAGACUUUUUUAUGAAAUAUCUUUGUGUAAAGGACAGUAGAGCAUGAUACGUUGAUCAGUGAGGAGCAUUCUCUAGUUUUGGACCUGCAGCAGUUAAUUAAUCUCAAACUCCCAAAGAUUGUGACUGUGAAAGUCCAAUCAACACUUAUUAACACCCGACUGAGUCCUGAGUGUUUCUGUCAGUGUGUCAGUGUGUUGAUUCUCCUCUGGGUGGAUUUCAUUUAACACUAUAGCUAUAUGACAGCACACACACACACAUACUGCAGUAAAUAUGUGUCGUGUGUGUGUGUGUGUGUGUGUCGGGGUCAGACCCUGCCGAGAGGGUGUGUGUUAUAUGAAGAGAAGGAGGGGUGGAGGACAGUCUCCCGGUCGUCCGUCUGCAGCUUCAAACAGUCUUUAAAAUAAGCUGCAGAGGAACAGAGAGAGUGUGUCUUUGUGUGUGUGUGUGUGUGUGUGUGUGUGUGUGUACAGUGAAGGUCAGCACAGAGCGAACACUCUGAAUAUUAAAGAUGUUUGUGACGUUCAAGCAGCAGGAAGCUGUCAGAUGAAGGUAAGAACUACACAACUCUUUUGUUCUCUGUAUGUUUGAGCAGCUUAAUGCAACACACACAAACACACAUGCACACACACAGACCUGCUUCACAUUUAACAAAUGCAGCUUUAACAACAGCCGCUCCAGCUGAUUGGAUGAUCGGCCACUUUGUUUAAAGGAAACAACAUUGUUUGAUUCUGUUGAUUUCUUACUUUUGUAUUUGUUAGGACCUGAAAGUGUUUCAGCUCAUCUUAUCCUCCUGGAAGCUUGUGUCAUGUGGUCUUCUGACUGCGGAUGGAUAACUAAUGUUAGCUUAGCACUAGUCAGAGAGCUCGGAUGUAGAUCACACCCACAGAAACGUGGACAGACAUCCUCACCAUCCUCUGGUUUCUGCUCCUAACAGGGCAGCGCAAUAAAGACGCUAUCCCAGUGCAUUAUGGGUGAGGUACGGUACACUGUUUCUGGACUUAAAGGAAACCUCUAAGGGUUCCAUCAAAAACCUGAUCCGUAUUUAUUUACUGAGUUGUACUGCUAUACUGACUCUUUGGACACCUGAACACCUUUUACAUAGUUUUUAUACGGUGUGGUGUUAGUAUUCAUACUUUAACAGAGUAUUUGUACAGUAUUUACUGAAGGUAAAAUAUGUACAAUACGUUUAGUACAUAUGACAGAAAUGAUUCACUGUUGAUCAGUAAGCAGAAUAAGGAUGGAGAAAUGACUGCUACUGAUAAAGGCUGUAGUGGACAUGGACGAUUAUUGUUAGAAUGAAAAGGAAAGCGCUAAUGUGGCUUCUAGUCAGUGUUAGCUUAGAAUACCAGGUCACAAUAGAACCACGAACAAUGUGAACCUGUGAGGAGAGAAAGCACGACGACUGCGCAAUCAAUGCAAGAAGACGACAGGAAGUCCAUUUAAAUGGAGACGUGUUCAAAUAUGUUCAUUUAAAAUGAGUCAAACUCAUGUUCGAUCCACUAUCAGGACUCAGUUCUGACCUGGCAGUGACCUCUGACCUCUGGUGAAGUGUCUGAGGAGCUGAAUGAUGAAACAUCAAAUGUUCACAGCGACCAGCUUCCUCCGGUUGCUAUGGCAGCCCCAGACCACCAUUGGCAAUCACAUCACUUCCUGGUGUAUCGCAGCUGUACUACUUACAUAUUUACCACAUAUUGUGAUGAAAUUGCACUUUCUUGUUCUUCUGAGUUUGUGUCCUUAUGGUUGAAAUGCACUUAUUGUAAGUCGCUUUGGAUAAAAGCGUCAGAUAAAUGACAUGUAAUGAAAUGUGUGUUUUCCCUGACGUCCUCUAAGAUGUGGUACAGUAUAAGAGAAUUCUUUACUGAGAACACACAGUGUGUGUGUGUGUCUGUGUGUGUUUUAGAUUGGCCACCUGUUGCCUUCCAUUCUCAAACACACUCCGUUCAUUCUUUUCUUUCUCAAGCAAACAUACUGAAAGAAAAGAAAUGUGUGCAUGUGACCGAGUGUCUUCCUCCCUCACAUACCACAGCACAUUUACACACAGACACACACCGCUCGCGCAUGCACACACACACACAGGCAUGUCAGUUCCUGUCUUCUGUUCCUGACUGUAAUCUCCAGAAAAAUGAUCCUGCUUGUUAUUUGCAGCCGGCUGCCAGUGGAGUGUGUGGGCAGCGCGGGCCGAGGUCACCGCUACAGGAACAGGCUAAAGCCCACUGGAGAUAGAAGCAGGAAGAAGAAGAAACAGGCUCACGCAACAAAAGAUCUGUGAGGACAAACCAGGAGGGCUAAAGAUUGCAAACCAGCAGAAGAAGUAGAAGAAGAAGCAGACGAAACAGGAAGCAGCAGGAGCCUGUUCACGGAGCGCUGCCCCACUGACCCCAGGUCAGUCUCCACCAACACGUCUGUCUCUUCCAGGUCUCCAACAUGUCUCCAGUCAGAGCGUCAUCCUUCUUGCUGAGCUGCUGCGUCUUUAUCCUCCUCAUCGUCGGAGCCUGCAGAGGUCAAGGAAGUGACUGCAGCUGUAACGUCACCAAUAGCAGUUGUGACGAGUCCGGAGCCUGCAGGUGCGACCCCGGCUGGGGCGGAGAGCGCUGUGAGCGCUGCGGACCGCGCCCCGGCUGCCUCCAUGGUUCCUGUCAGCAGCCCUGGCAGUGUAGCUGUGAGCCCGGCUGGGGGGGGCGUUUCUGCGAUAAAAGGUGUGCUGCUCUUGUCAGAAUGGGAGCGGCCUGCGUAAUGGAGGACAGCGGCCGACUACACCUGUGUGUGUGCCCAAGGGGUUCCACGGCCGAGGACUGCCAACUGAAGACCGGGCCCUGUUACCUGAGGAGGUCUCCAUGUAAAAAUGGCGGCCUCUGUGAAGACGGGAACGGCUUCGCAGAGGACCUGUCGUGCCGAUGCCUAGCCGGCUUCACGGGUCGGCGCUGUGAAACCGACAUGGACGACUGCCUGAUGAGACCGUGUGCAAACGGCGCCACCUGCGUGGACGGCACCAACCACUUCUCCUGCAUCUGCCCCGCUGGUUUCACCGGGCGCUUUUGCACCGUCAACCUGGACGACUGCGCCAGCCGGCCCUGCCUUCACGCCGGCCGAUGCCUGGACGGCGCCGGGGGCUUCCACUGCGUCUGCCGGCCCGGUUACACCGGAGCCACCUGCGAGACGGAGGAGGGAGGCAGGAACGCUAGUCGGCAUGGCGACAGCCCCUUUAGGGUGACGGUAAGCGAGCGCAGUGCCGCCGGCCUGUCAGAUGUCCAGCUCAUCGUCUUGCUGGUGUUGGCGGGCGUGACGCUGGCCGUGGUCGUGUUGACCGGCACCGUCGUACUGCACGGUCACUGCAGGGCCCGUGGCACCGCCCCCUGCUGCCCGCUGACAUCAUCACAGCAGCCAGCGCCGCAGGACGAGUGCGAGUGUCACAUCAGCUUCCUGAAUGUAGCUGUAACAGAGAAGAAGAAGCUGAACAGUGAGGUCAUUUAGACGCAGCGGCGGUCCGAGCACAGAGCGAAUGGACAGAGAAAUAGAGGAAGACGUGCAGGGUCAGAGGUCAUAGGACCCUCAGGUCGGAAGUUGGAUCAAGCCGUUCCUGCAUCCUCCUGAUGUUGAUAUACAGAUGAGUUGUGACGUCAUAGACAUGUUUGUAUGGGUCAUGUGACUCGUGUAACCCAACCUGCAGACUACAUUACCCACACUGCACCUCUCGCUCUAACAGAUUGCAGUGCGCUGAGAGCAAUGAUGUGUCAGCAGUUACUUUGGCUCAAGUGACAUUAACCAAGGACGUUCAUCAGUGGCAUAUAUGGAUUGAUUCUCAAUCUACUUCCUGUUCUUAUUUAUUUAAAUCAUAUGAUCAUGUACUGUAACUACUGUACCAAUCUGAGGUACUAGGACGUAUUAGGUAUUUACCUUACCAAGUUCUCACACAUUAUACUUCACCUCGACUACAUCUCAGAGGUACCUGUUGUUCUGCUUUGCAUUUAUUUUAAAUGUAUUUUAGUUACCAGAUAUUAUUAAUCAACUCAUAAAUGUUGUUUUAUUAAAUAUUAUUGAAAGUUAUUAGAAUGAGCUGAACAUAUAUAUAAUAUGUGCCAUUCUGCAUUGUGAGUACUGUGUAUCAUAUAUUGGUAAAGUUAUGACAUACAGGGCUGUGUGUGUCAACACGGUGUGUACUUUCUCUCCUGUGUUGGUGUCAUUUAGUGUGACGUUCUGCACUGAAAAGAAACAUUGUGCAAUACAGUUGACUACAAUAACAACCUCUGAUAUGUUAUGUUCUUAUGUAUGAUACAUGAAACACCAAGAAAUAUUUUAUAAUUGUAAUGUUUCACUAGAAACUGCUCUACCACCAACCUCCAAGUAACACUUCAUGUCUCUCACUCUCUCUAGCUAACAUCUGUACCUUUCCUUUGUUUGUCCCUCCUCUGUCUACAACCCUUCAACUGACUCCUUCUCUCUUCUUUCUCUGCAACCAAAAGCUCAUUCUACCAAACCAGAAUUCAAUCCUCAUUCUCUAACCCUAAAAAACUGCUCCAUCUUUUCAAGCCUCCUUGAUCCCCCCGGCCCCUCCUGCCCUUCUACCGAGCCACUUUGUCAACUAUUUUACAAAAAACAUCCUCUCCUCCUGAUGGGGAUCCAGUCUCACACUUUCCAGUCUAUUGAUUUUGUCUGUUUAACAUCAGGAAGUUGCUGGCCAUACAGGUUUAAUGUCCUUACGACAUUCUUGAUGUCUAACUGGCAGUUGUUGUCCAUGAGGUCGGGUCAGUCUCAAUAAUUGCAAAUGCACACAGAAUGACUCACAAAUAUAUUCGAUUUACAAAUGCAGACAGAAGGAUUUAUAAA